GAUAUCAUCGAUUACGCACAGGCAAUUGCUCUUGAAAAUGGCCUAGCCGAUCGAAUCCGUUUUAUUCAUGCUGACCUGGACAAAACCCGGCUUCCAAUUGAGAAGGUCGACGUGAUUGUAUCUGAAUGGAUGGGCUAUUUCCUGCUUUUUGAAGGAAUGCUUGGUAUUCAUAUUUUCAAUUCCGUUCUGUUGGCUCGUGACAAGUAUUUGGCACCGAAUGGAACAAUGAUUCCAAGUCGUGCCAGUCUGUUCUUAACGGCCAUAUCCGACAUGGAGUCCUGGGAAACCCGUGUGGGAUUGUGGGAUAAUGCGUACGGACUGCGCUUCCGCUGUUUAAAGGACCAUUCGUUGAAAUUCCCCGGUGUGGAUGAAGUGAGAGACGAACAUGUUGUCACGAGCCGCAGCACUCUGCGAGAGUGGGAUCUGAUGACCUGUACGACGCGUGAUUUGGAGUUUGAAACGCGGGUUAUGGUCAGGGUGCUAAAAACAAGCAGUCUGACGGCGCUCGUGGGAUUUUUCGAUGUAGGAUAUAAUAACCCGACGGCGGGAUUACAGACAAUGCUCUGCACCGGUCCGAGCUUUCCCGUGACGCAUUGGGCGCAGUCGGUGUUUUAUCUGGAGAAGCCAUUUCCUGUUACGGAAGGUCAGGAACUGAAUAUUGCCACUCGGAUUAUGAAGUGCCGUGAUGAUCAUCGUGGGUUGGAAGUGACCUUUCGUAUUUUUAACGGAGAGGGUGUGGGGAAUAAUUUGGAGGAGACAUGCCUUUGGCAACAAACAUACCAGCUUUGAUCUUUUAAGGAUAUAUUUGUGUUCUCUAGUGAAUUUUAGUUUCGGUGGUGGUUGUUAUUUAUAGUGAGUAUUAAUUGUUAUUGCAUACGUUUAUGGUUGUUGUUGUUAACGGUAUCAUUGCUAUUUGCUAAUAAUCCAAGUCUUAACAAAAAAAGUGUUUUUGCAGUACGUAAUUCAGUUCAGGACUAUUGUUAUUCGGCAGUGUGCAUUUAAAUACGA